UUCAACUGUAAUAAUGAGUUACAAACUUUUGCUUUGUGAAUGGGGUUUGGAAAAAUACAUUGAAAAAUUUGAAGAUGAAGAAAUCGAUGAUGAAUCUUUCCCAUUUUUGGAAAAGGAAAAAAUUUCUGACUUAUUUCCUAAAGUGGGACCUUACUCUAAAUUUAUAAGGUUAUACAAUAAUUGGAUUCACGAUAAAGAAAAUAAUGAACCGGCUUCAACACCUGUCAAUAAUGCAUUACAAUUAAAAAGUGAUAUUGAAGGAACCUAUGAGAUUGGUCCUGAUGGACAAUUAGAAGAAGUAUACAACCCUCAAGAUUCAAAUUCGGAAAGAAACGAAUUGGAAGAUUUUACAUUAGAAGAGGAAGUGCAAAAUACUUUGAAAGCGGAAAAACGUUCUGCAAAUGUAACAACGGUUGUUCCUGAAAAAAGAAGAAAAGUUAGUUCCGAUUCUACUCAUCAUUCUAUUAUUAAAGAGGGUCCAAUCUACGAAUGUCUUAUUAAUAACAUUCGUGGGAAUUUGGCAAUUGCGGAGUAUGAAUCGAAAGGAUUCUUAAGGUCAAGAACACAGCAAAUUGUUGCAGAGUGUGUUCUUUCACAGGAAUUCAAAGGAGAUAUUUGGAAACAGAUACAUCGAGAACAAUUUUUGAAACUUUCUGAGGGCAUCGAAUUGCUUUUUCCUUCUGAAAAUAAGGAAACAUACUAUAUACCGUAUUAUAAAAAUGAAGCUGGGAAAAAGUAUAGUGCUUCUGGAAAACUAGUGGACUUGUUCUAUAAUAUAAGAAAAAGAGCUGUUCGUUCUGGGAUUCAAUCUUCCAGAAAAAACUCAAGUCAAAAAUCUACUGAUAAUGAUGCUCUGACUAAUGCCGUUACUCCAGAUGCAGAUACUUUAAAUAAAAUUAAUUCUCUUUCAAUAACAUGCAUACCAUGGCAAGAUUGCAUUGAAAAGUGGCGAGACACUCACGAUUAUCGAAUGACGGAAAUUCGUUCAACUGCAACUGUAACUUCAAAAACGAAAGGAGGAAAAGAGAAGACUACAAUUUCUAAUAAAGUUACAUUCUAUAUUACAAAGUAUAGAGGAAUAAAGGAGGCUUUAGGUUACACUUUGCUUGAAUUGGAUUACUCUAUGUUGUACCCAGGAACUGAAGAAAACUUAUUGUUUUUAUGGCCAUCUUUUAAAAGCAAACUUCUCUCGGUAUUUCAACGUGAUAACAGCAAUUUGUUUAAAUCAAGCAGUAAUGGUUAGUUAAAUUUUAAA